AUGGGCAAUUCUCGUGCGCGUGCCGUUUAUGAAGCACAGUUACCAGAUGGUUUCCGCCGUCCCCAGACCGAUACCGCAUUAGAGUCAUUCAUACGUGCUAAAUAUGAGCACAAAAGGUAUUUGGCGCGAGAAUGGGUGCCGCCGUCACCACCAAAAGUAGAUUGGGCCAAAGAAAUUGACGAAGAGUUAGAGCGGCAAAAACGCAAGAAAAAAGCAGCCCAAGCGUGCACUUCAAUGGGGCUUAGUGUGAUGAGUGGCGUGGGCACCGGGGGUGAUAAGAAAAGCACCACAUCAUUGUCAGGUUCGAAAUCAGCGGCACUGCCAGCGCCGUUGCCGAAACCCAAGGCAGGACAAGUUGGCAGUAGUUGUAGCCCUAAAACACAGCGCAUUUCUACGAAUUCGACAGGCGGCGAAGGCAAUCACAGCAGCGAUUUGCUCGGUCUCUCUUCACCUACAAAGCCAUUGCAGCAUAAUGUGGGUGGUGGCGCAGCCCAGGAUUUGCAAAAUGACAGCUUCACUGGUUUUCUUAGUGCGACUCCUUCAGUUGUUAUGCAACCUGGGGAACACAAUAAAGCUGGGGAAUCUAAUGGACAAAAUACCACGCAAAACUCACUGGCUAAAGACGAAGAAGAUUUUUUUAAUCAAGGUUCGCUAACUGGCUCUGAAAAAGAUAAGUCAGGGAAGCUGACAAAGGAUAGUAUAUUGGCAUUGUACGGUACCGCACCAAGCAGCACAGGAAAUUCACACAAUCCACAUGGUGGCCAAAUGCCUUUUGGCCAACCACAGUCAAUGUUCGUUGCCACUGGCGCUUACUCAGGCGGCAUGGUUCCCGGUUAUAUGGGCGCAGGUGGCGUACCACAUCCCCAGCAACCUCAAUUCAUGACACCGCCGAAUUCCACAAGCAUGUAUAAUGCACCCGUCAUGACCGCGCCCACUGCGUUCACCACACCAGGCAUGCAUAUGGGUGGUGCGGGCGCUACAGGCGGCUUUAAUGCCCAAUUCCCUGGCUCGGCCAGUACCGGCAUCUACACACAACAACACCUGGCGGGUCUUGGGAAUAUGAUGAUUAACAGCGGACAACUAGCGGGCCAAAUUAAUCUUAUGCAAACCAAUCAGAAUCUGUUAAGUGGCAUGCCUAUGAUGGGCGUAGGUGCCACGUCGGCAGCCAUGGUGCAGCAGCCGCCGAUGGGAAUGAGCAUACCCAUGGCGAGUGUGCCAAUGUCAGCAACAUUUCAAGCGGCACCUGCAGCUGCAGCAGGCGCCUCUACUAAUACACAUGGUCUGAACCAACAAUUCAGCAACUUAAAUAUCGGUAAUGUGUGGCAAUGA